UCCACAACGCACUGAUCGACAAAUUGUAACAUAGCCACUUAAAGAAGAAACCAGGAAGAAUCGUCAAGAUGGGUGGAACGAAACGAAUGUCGGCCGAGGAGAAGCGCAAGGUGAUCUUGGGGUAAGCGCCACGAGACUGCACAGCUGCGUGCCCUAUUGGUUCGUCUUCUUCUUUUGUUCGCAGUCCUCACCCAUGGACGAUUGAUUUCGCCUGUUCCUCCAUACUUUCACUCUUCUUCCUUUCGCAACGCAGUAUUUACCACAAGGAGCAACUGGUCUACACCGAGAAGGAAAUCACAUCGCUGGCGGCCAAGGCGGGCGUCAACGCCAACUCGAUCCCGGACAUCCACCAGGGAAUGAUCGACGACGCCCUGGUCGAAAAGACCAAGAUCGGCGGAAGCAACUAUUUCUGGAGCUUCAAGGCCAAGAAAGACCGGGCGGCGCAGGUCAGAUACGAAACUACGCUGAAAGCCAUAGAGGAACUCAAGCCCAGGGUGGCCGAGGCCGAAGCCAGGCUUGCGGACGCGAAGCGCGGUCGCGAGGAAGACGACGACGGUGACGGAAGGGAAAGCGGAUCCUCUGAGAAGGAUGGCGGCGACGAAGGAUCCGGAGCGGUUCCCGUGCGUGGACGAGCCAAGAAACUCGCACGCCUGGAAGAGCUUGGCAAGGAAAAGGCCGCCCUCCAGACGGAACUCGACAAGCUCAAGGAAAACGAUCCAGCAACCCUCGCAGACCUCGAAAAGGAACUCAAGCUUGUCACACAGGUGCGAAUAAACGAAGGGACAUGCACAAAUUUACAGGAAGCAAGCAUGUUGCAUCAUUUUGUUUCCGUUUGCAUCCCUCUGCAUGAAGCAUGUCUUUCCUUCCCGUCUCUCACACGGUGUACCCCGCGUGCCAAAAUUGCUUCUUCUCUAUUCCAUUCUUUUUGACAAUGAAUGAAUCAAAUAUGCAUAUGGCGAUUGUUAUUCAGGCCGCCCAUCGCUGGACGGACAAUAUUUUCGAGUGCAAGAGCUACCUUGUGAAGAAACGUGGAAUGCAGAAAAAGGAGGCGUGCAAGUUUCUUCAAAUCUCUUCCGACUUCGAUUGUGAGUGCCAUGGCUUGUCUAAUAUUAUUAUAUUGUGUUUUAACCGUUGAUGACAAACUUGAUGGACAAUGUUUUCCGUUUCUAUGGUCAACCAACAAUGCAUCUUCUUCAUUUCAAUCUUGUUGCUUCUCAACAGAUCCCGAGGAGACGAAUUAGCAAUUUUUUCGAUGGCGCUAUGAAUAUGGAAAUAUAUGGGAACGUCCCAAAAUGCAUUCCGUCGCUUGCAAGCGAGGAUUGUGGGAUAUCGCAGUGCAGUCAGAGUCCUCAUCGCCGCCAACGGCAACACCAUUCCCAAUUCUUUUGUGAAACAGCAAUGAGCACGAAACAGAACUCCUGGUGGAGAGAUAUGCCACUGUUGAAGGAUGCGAUAUCGCCUCCCACCGCGUUCUAGAACUUAUUUGAAUGAUGGUUGUUGUAAUACACAUUGAUAAGAUUGACGACAUCGGAAUUUUUCUACUCGUCAGACAGUCGUUGAUGCUUGAAGAAAAGAAGACUGAUUUGCAUGAACAUAUCAAUUACACGAUAACAUUAGGUGUCCAACUCUCAGGUUGGGACCAACAUCUGUACUUGCGAUCACCCAAGAUCCUAUGAAAAAAUACUCUCCGCAAAGAAACAUAUAUUUUUUCUGUAAAAUAAUAAUGCCUGUAAUGGGCGCAAACAAUUUUUUCAACUGAAUCAAGAUACUAACAAGAUCUUAUUGCACGAUUGAUCCCUUUGCAAAUGAUUAGUUUUUCUGUGAUUUAUUUCGAUCCACUCGCACCAACUAUUUUUAAUACUUUGAACACGCCGUGCCAUGCUAAGGUUUGUAUGGAUAGAAAGCUGAUUGCAUAAUAGUGAUUGCAUUCAACUCCAGCCUGCUUGUGGAUAAGUGGCCAACUUCAAAUUAUAGCGUUUUGUACAGUUUUGAAAGACAUGUCACACCUGAAGAUGCUUCGGGGAAACUUUCAUAUCCAGGUUCGAGUCAAAAUCCAUACCAUCUCCUCAAGUUCGAGUAUGGGUUUGUCCGUAUGACGGAUUGAUCAGUAUGUCUAGAAACAGGCAGUGCGACAAGAUCAACUCUGGAAAGGAUGUCGCGUCAAAGUACAAGUAUUGAUAGAGGCCAACAAGCUGCUGCCAGGACCAAUCUGCGUUCAAUCUUGAAAACCAGCGCUCGCCAUGUGACACAUCCGAAAAUAGAUCGAUCGAUCCACUUUGCUUAGCUUUUCACUUUACUCAACCAUCUAUCCCAUCAAAGAGUCCAGAAAUAAUCAUCAAGGAGAAAUAAGGAAGCAAAGAUGGUCCUGCGAAAGUUCUGCUGCCCACACACCAACACUCGGUUCGGUUCUAUCGUCUCUCCUUCUAUUGCUGUGGCCGUUGCUGCUCGUUCUGGUGGCACUUGCGAAAGACCUCCCACUCGCUUGCACAGGAGGAAACCCUACCACCGUUCUUGGUCAUGCAGGCGGCAACGCAAUCAUACACCUCGGCGCAGGGCCGGCCCGGUUGUGACACCGGAUCGCUCGCAGGCAGGUCC